AUGUGGGAUCGCAGCAUCUCCCAACAAUGGUGCUCCGCCUCCUCUCCUCCAGACCUCUCGCUGAACUAUGCAACUCUUCUGCCUGGAUUUUACGUCUUCAUCAUUGAGCCGCCAUGCACAAUAGGAAAGCGCCGUCCAAACCAGUUCGACCAAUCACAAACCACUGCCCGAGUCGUAGAUAGGCUGGUGCAACUGGGAUACGUUGCCAGCCGACCACAUUUCUGCCUGGCAACUCAAACCCGCCUGGAAACUCGCCAAACUGUUGCCAUGGUGCGCGCUGUCAGUCUCUGCCAGCGCUGGUGCGCGUCUGGGUCGCUGGGUGGUCCACUCCCUCCGAAAGUUUCCAAUCAAAGGCACAAACGGAUGGGGCUACCUGUAGCGCAGCCGCCACUGGUGGGAUUUGGGGACGGGCUGGAGGAUGGAGGCUGA